AGUUUAGAUUUUAUUUAGCUUUACUUAUUUUACCUAGAGUUGAAACAUUUUGAAAAAGAUCCUCAGUUUUAAUCUUUCAUCAUUUUGGCUCUUACCUGAAGUGAAGUUUGGUUGAACUCAGUUGAUUUAAUCUCUCAAUAUAUAUGAAAUCAAUCUGAAAUGAAAUUAUGCUUGGCGCAUUUUGUGUUGUUAUAUGUGCACUGACCCAGUUCAUGUAUUUUCAGGAUGUUUAAAGACAUGUUUUCCUAUUAAUCUGAACAGAAACUGAGGAGAUAGAAAUGGAUAAAGCCAUGAUGAACCAUCAGUGAAUUCUGUGGAAUCCACUCAAGUGUAAUUCACCUUUCACAUUACCUUAUUUGAUGUUUAUUUAUAGAAACUCAUGUCAUCUUUGUUGUGGGAGGGUUGGUAGAGGUGAAUGUUUAUUUUCUGCAUUGCAUUAUGUCCUUACAACAGGAUAAUAUAUUUGGGCCUCGAUUAAUUACUAUAGGAGUUAAAUUUGAUUUAAAAAUUACAAUAAUAUAAACAAUCCUAAUAAAAAUCAUGACCAAUUCUACCUGUACAAAAUGAAGUAAAAUCCCAAGAUGUGUACUCAUGACAGACUAUUGAUUGUUGCUAGUUCCUCUUUUAAAUAAUUGAACUAAUUAGAUACUUCUAUCUUAAGUAUUUCUUGGCCUCAGUUUUCCUUCUAAUAGCCCAAUUCUUUCCUUUAUUUUGCAGGUAUAAGCACAAAAUAAAGUAGGUCUGUUGUUUAUGUCAUUUUAUGAGCCAUAUAACUUAGAGAAAUAGUUUUUUAAUCUUAUAAUUGGUGUUGCUAACCAACAUUUACAUUUUGUAGUUUAUUGAUUUGUUUGUUGGGACAAAUAAUGUACAUUUUGAAUUCACAAAUCACACUAUUCGUCAGAGAUAAAUUUCAUUGCCAAAGAAUACAAGAUGAUCAUAGUAAAUAUACAUUAUUUGGAGUAGUGAUUUUUAAACGUUAGUAUGCAUGAGAAUCACUUAAAGACAAAGAUUGAAGUGCAGAUUUCAGUUAGCACCCCCAGAGAAUUUGAUUCAAGAUCUAGAGGGAAGACCAGGGGUUGACUUUGAAAAAACAACAACCCAAGACUCCCAAGUAAUUAUUUAUGCAUAUGGUUCACACACUAUGGUUUGAGAAACACGGACUCCACCUCAAAGUCUUUAUAACGCUCAGAUUUGGGGAAUAUUAUUGCCUGUAUGUUAUCAUAUUGAAGUUAUCAAUUUGAACGCGUGGUGGCAGUGCAGGCUAAGAGAGUGAAUAAAGCUCUGCAGAUUCGGUGGACUCCAUUUUAUUCAGAGACCCCCUCUCCCCUCAAAUACAAGACACAUUUACAGCUAGAGCAAAGUUAGAAGUAUUCAGGAAGGCAGUCGUCACCAGAGAAGUUAUAAGACAAAUUCGAAAUUCAACAGCAAAGAGAUUACGGAGGGUAGAUGAUGGACGUGGUGAUUGGGACUGGAAAAGGAUUUUUUCCUCUGGAAUCAGACCUAAUAGAAAUGGCGCAAACAAAAGUACAUCGCAAGAAAAGGCAAGUGACUAUCCUCAUUAUAUGGAUGAUUUUGUGGGAAGUGGGUUCAGAGUCGAUUCAGUAUUCUGUACUGGAGGAGACAGAAAGUGGCACGUUUGUGGCCAAUUUGACAAAGGAUCUGGGACUCAAGAGAGGAGAGCUGGCUGAGCGGGGUGCUCAGGUCGUUUUCAAGGGGAACAGACAGCAUUUGCAGCUUGACCCACAGACUUAUGAUUUGCUGCUAAAUGAGAAACUGGACCGGGAAGAGCUGUGCGGUUCCACUGAGCCGUGUGUGCUACCUUUCCAAGUAUUACUGGAAAAUCCCUUGCAAUUUUUUCAGGCUGCUUUACGAGUCAGAGAUAUAAAUGACCACGCCCCAGAGUUCCCAACCAGAGAAAUGCUACUAAAAAUAUCAGAAAUUACUACACCAGGAAAGCUAUUUCCUUUGAAAAUGGCACAGGAUUUAGACGCUGGUAGCAACGGUCUUCAGAGCUACAUAAUCAGCUCCAAUCCUCAUUUCCACGUUCUCACUCGCAAUCGCAGCGACGGCAGGAAGUUCCCGGAGCUGGUGCUAGACAAAGCCUUGGACCGGGAGGAGCAGCCCGAGCUUAGGCUUACCCUCACAGCACUGGAUGGUGGGUCUCCGCCGCGUUCUGGAACCACGGAGAUUCAGAUACUGGUCUUGGACAUCAAUGACAACGCCCCCGAGUUUGCUCAGGAGCAAUAUGAGGUGCAAAUCCCUGAAAACAAUUCCCUGGGCUCUCUGAUUAUAACCGUCUCAGCGAGGGAUUUAGAUGCUGGAUCUUUUGGGGAAGUAUCUUAUGCCCUAUUUCAGGUAGAUGACAUUAAUCAGCCCUUCGAAAUAAACGCAAUUACAGGCGAAAUUCGACUGAGAAAGACUUUGGAUUUUGAGGAAUUUCAAUCUUACCAUGUGGAUAUUGAGGCUACAGAUGGCGGGGGACUAUCAGGAAAAUGCUCUUUGGUCAUCAAGGUUCUGGACGUAAAUGACAACACUCCUGAAUUGACCAUGUCCUCACUCACCAGUCCCAUUCCCGAAAACCUGCCAGACAUCAUAGUGGCAGUUUUCAGUGUAUCAGAUGCAGAUUCUGGACAAAAUCAACAGAUUGUUUGCUCUAUAGAUGACAAUCUCCCCUUUCUUCUAAGACCAUCAGUGGAGAAUUUCUACACAUUGGUAACUGAAGGAGCGCUGGAUAGAGAGAGCCAGGCCGAGUACAACAUCACCAUCACCGUCACCGACUUGGGGACCCCCAGGCUGAAAACGCAGCACAACAUAACCGUGACGGUCUCCGACGUCAACGACAACGCCCCCGCCUUCAGCCAAACCACCUACACCCUGCGCGUCCGCGAGAACAACAGCCCCGCCCUGCACAUCGGCAGCGUGAGCGCCACGGACAGGGACUCGGGCGCCAACGCCCAGGUCACCUACUCGCUGCUGCCGCCCGCGGACCCGCAGCUGCCCCUGGCCUCCCUGGUGUCCAUCAACGCGGACAACGGGCAGCUGUUCGCGCUCAGGUCCCUGGAUUACGAGGCGCUGCAGGCGUUCGAGUUCGGCGUGCGCGCGGCCGACCGCGGCUCGCCCGCGCUCAGCAGCCAGGCGCGGGUGCGCGUGCUGGUGCUGGACGACAACGACAACGCGCCCUUCGUGCUGUACCCGCCGCAGAACGGCUCUGCGCCCUGCACCGAGCUGGUGCCCAGGGCGGCCGAGGCGGGCUACCUGGUGACCAAGGUGGUGGCGGUGGACGGCGACUCGGGCCAGAACGCCUGGCUGUCGUACCAGCUGCUCAAGGCCACGGAGCCCGGGCUGUUCGGCGUGUGGGCGCACAACGGCGAGGUGCGCACGGCCCGGCUGCUGAGUGAGCGCGACGCCGUCAAGCACAGGCUGGUGGUGCUGGUCAGGGACAAUGGCGAGCCGCCGCGCUCGGCCAGCGUCACGCUGCACGUGCUGCUGGUGGACGGCUUCUCGCAGCCCUACCUGCCGCUCCCGGAGGUGGCGGCGGCCGAGGCGCGGGCCGACCCGCUCACCGUCUACUUGGUCGUCGCCUUGGCGUCCGUGUCGUCGCUCUUCCUGUUCUCGGUGCUGGUGUUCGUGGCGGUGCGGCUGUGCAGGCGGAGCCGGGCGGCGUCUGCGGGUCGCUGCUCGGGGCCCGAGGGCCACUUUCCGGGCCACCUGGUGGACGUCAGCGGCGCGGGGACGCUGUCCCAGAGCUACCAGUAUGAGGUGUGUCUUCGGGGAGGCUCGGGGACUAGUGAGUUCAAGUUCUUGAAGCCGAUUAUCCCGAACUUCCCUCCCCAGGGCAUUGGAAAGGAAAUGGAGGAAAGCCCCACAGUUCGGGAUAGUUUCUUAUUCAGUUAAGUAUUCUAUUCAGCUCUUUUGAAAAUCUCUUUAAACUCAAAGUUACAUGUUAUUGAUGGUCCGAUUUUAAUUAUUUACGACAGGUCCUUAGAUUGAGAAAAAAUCAGAUACUGAGUAUACACAGGAUUUUCCCUAUGCUAUGGUUAGUAGAUUUUUGUUACUUUCAACUAUAUUUGACAGUCUGAAUAAAAAGUAAAUUUUUAUUUGAAUACUUUAAAAUUUUUGAAACUCAAUCAUCUAUUCAUUUUACAAAAAUUGUAAUGCAAAGUCCUUAAGUAGGAUUGUAUAUCUAUUAGUGACAAUGGUCAUCACUAUAGCUAUGUAAGGAAAUUUUUAAAAUGUGAGUGUUUGGGGCAUUUGGCUGAUUCAGUUGGUAGAGCAUUCGACUCUUGACCUGGGUGGUGAGUUCAAGUCCCAUGUUGGUUAUAGAGCCUACUUAAAAAAAAAAAAAAUAAAUAAAAUGUGACUGGUUGAUGUUUAA